UAAACAUCGUAUUGCUGGCGUGGUGCUGUAGUCACAGUGUUAAGUUUUAAGGUUAUUUCGAUUUCAAAGCUUCGUAACAAUAACCGAACCUCUGUUAACCCUUUAGGUCGGAAACUAUGGCCACGGCGGAGCCAAUUCAGAACGGAACUUUAUUAUCACAACCACUCUCCGAUACAAUUUCCGACGCCGCCGUCAACACCACGACGGAGGAACCAGAUUCCACAGAGAAGAGAUGGCCUGGUUGGCCUGGUCACUGCGUUUUCCGACUAAUCGUGCCGGUUGUCAAAGUUGGUAUCAUCAUCGGACGCAAAGGGGAACUCAUCAAAAAGACUUGCGAAGAAACUCGUGCUCGCAUUCGUGUUCUUGAUGCUCCAAUCGGAACAGCUGAUCGAGUCGUACUUGUAUCGGGGAAGGAAGAUCCGGAGGCACCUCUUUCCCCUGCAAUGGAUGCUGUAAUAAGGGUAUUCAAACGUGUUUCCGGGUUAUCUGAAACUGAUGAUGACAGUAAUAAAACAUUAGGAGCUGCAGGGGCUGCAUUUUGUUCCAUUCGUUUAUUGGUGGCCUCAACGCAAGCUAUCAAUCUGAUAGGAAAGCAGGGCUCAUCGAUUAAAUCUAUACAGGAAAACACUGGUGCUACUGUUAGAGUAUUGUCUGGAGACGAGCUUCCAUCUUAUGCUGGUGCCGAUGAGAGGAUUGUGGAACUGCAGGGAGAAACCUUGAAGGUCCUUAAGGCUCUGGAAGCAGUAGUUGGGCACCUGAGGAAGUUUUUGGUUGAUCAUAGUGUUAUUCCCCUAUUUGAGAAGACUUGCAAUGCAACAGUCUCCCAAGACCGGCAGACAGAUGCCUGGGCUGACAAACCAUCAAUGCAUAGUGCUUCACAACCUAGCAGUGUUGCUGAUAUUCCCCUUACAACCAAAAGGGAUUCUUUCUUUGCUGAUCGUGAAAGCCAAUUGGAUUCAUUGCUCUCUUCCUCGACAAUGUCACUAUAUGGACAAGAUUCUUCAAUUUCUGGUCUUCGUUCUUCCGCAUUUAAUCGUGGCAGUGCUUCCAUUGUUACUACGGUAAUACAAACAAUGCAAAUACCACUGUCCUAUGCAGAGGACAUAAUUGGUAUUCAAGGGACUAAUAUUGAUUACAUUCGUCGCACUAGUGGAGCCAUAUUGACUGUCCAGGAGAGCAGGGUACCUGAUGAAAUCAUUGUGGAAAUAAAAGGCACCUCAUCUCAAGUUCAAACAGCACAACAAUUGAUUCAGGAAGUUAUAAGCAAUCACAACGAAGCUAUGGCUACUAGUUACAGCAGGUUAGAUACAGGUCUGAGAUCUUCUUACUCUCAAUUGGGCAGUUCAUCCUAUCCCUCGUCUUCCUUGGCCUCACAACCCUACAAUGGGUAUGGAUCUUCCGGUCUAGGGGACUAUAGUACUUUCAGACUUUAAAUUGGUCUUUUCUGGGAACACCAUCUUGAGCCAGAUUGUCCCAGUUGAGUCUGAUUGGAGAGGAUUAAUGCUGGAAUCAAUGUAUUAUGGAGCAACAAUAACAUCUUUUCUGUUAUCUGAUAUCAUCAUUUGACAGUGUAAUUUUAGACGUGGCAGAGAGUUGAGUAGUGCAAUAGAAAGUGUAAUGAAAUAUUGUUAUUAACCAUUUUCUGGAUGUUCAGUUUCGUAGUGUAAAUCUGCAUGGCUUUAAAGCUUAACCAUAGGAUUUAUAGUGGCUUUGGAACUAUAUUUUAUAUCUGUUUGUUUUUAAGUUUGCACUGCCAACUACUAUUGUCACUAUCAUUACGAUGACAAUUGGAUUGAAACAUGAUGGUAUAUGAAAAAUGAUUCUUGUGGGUAA